ACCCAUUUUGUAACUUUGCGCUUUACCUUUUGGUUGUUAUUAUAUUUUUCCUCCUCCUCAUUAUUAUUAUAGAGAGACACUGAGGCCUGCUUCACAUGUGGUAGAUUAAGGUUUAGUUCUUAUUCAGUAGAAUAGAAAACACCGAUCAAUUGAGUUAUUUAUCGUCAUGAGGACCCGAAAUGCUGAUUCCUCUUCCAAAUCCACAACCCCGAAGAAGGCACCGCCGGCGAGAAAAACCGCCGCAAAAUCCGCCGGAGAAUCCCCUGCAGCAAAGCGCAAUUCCACCGUCAAAACAAGGCAGAUCAAGAAGAAGGAGGCCUCUCCCGCUUCCAACUCGAUUCCCGAUUCCAAUCCCGAUGAGCCGAAUUCAGAUGAGGUUGUUACCACUACACCGUGUUCAAAGAGGAAGCCAGGGAGACCAAGAACUAAAGCAGUUGCCACACCUAAGCUGGAGGAAGAACUGAAGGCAGUGGCUGAUGAAACUCUAGUUGUGGAUAACUCUGGGGAUGUGGAGGAAGCGGAAAAGCCUCAAAAUGUUGAAGUUGUCGAUGCUGAUAAUAUCGAUCACGAGAAAGAGGGGCACCUGGAACAAGUUGUUGAAUGUGUUGGACAAUCUGAAGAGAAGGAACAAAAGUCUAUGGAAGUGGAUGAAACUGUGAAGGGAAACAAUGCAGUGGAGGCUGAAGCGACUGCUUCUCAGGAUGCCACUAUGUCUUCCAAACAACCUGAGCGAACUCUUGUGGACCUAAAUAUAUCGGUGAAUGAAGAUGAUUCUAUGUGUCAAAAGGAGGGAGAGAAAGAAGAUGAAGAGUUGAAUGAAAGGGACGGUCGGGAAGAGUUGAAGGAUCAGGAACAAGAGAAAGGAGAUGUAGAGUUGAAAGAACAAGAGGGAGAGAAAGGAGGGGAGGAGCUGAAGGAACAGGAGGCAGUGAAUGUAAAGGAAGAACUGAAAGAAGAGGACGGAGAUAAAGGAAAGGAAGAAGUCAAAGAUGACGAAGGAGAAACAGCAAAGGAAGAAACAAAGGAAGAGGAAACAAACAUUACUGGACACAAAGAAUGCUCUAAUACUGAUAGUGCAGUAAUGAAAGACCAGUCGAAGGAAGAUUUUAAUACUAGAAAAGUUGGUGAUGAAGUGACAGAGAGCAGUGAAAGGCUGGAUUUUGAAGAACAUGGUGGGGAGGAUAUUGAGGAAGAUCCAGAGGAAGGUCCAUGGGAACCUCCUGAAGAAAAUGAGGCGCUCCAAGAGGAGCAUACGGAAUUGGAGGCCAUUGCAAACCAGCGAAAGAGUAACAAAGAACAUGAGAUAUUUGUUGGAGGGCUUGACCGUGAUGCUACAGAGGAAGAUCUGAGAAAAGUUUUUAAGAGGAUUGGGGAGGUAGUUGAUGUCAGGUUGCAUAAGAAUUCAUCAACAAAUAAAAAUAAGGGCUAUGCAUUUGUGAGGUUUGCUAAUAAGGAACAUGCUAAGAGAGCAUUGUCAGAAAUGAAGAACCCAGUUAUACGUGGUAAAAGAUGUGGGACUGCACCCAGCGAGGAUAACAACACAUUAUUCUUGGGAAAUAUUUGCAAUACGUGGACGAAAGAAGCUAUUAAACAGAAGUUGAAGGAUUAUGGUAUUGAUGGGGUUGAAAACAUUACGCUUGUGCUAGAUGCUAAAUGUGAAGGAUUGAGCCGUGGCUUUGCAUUCCUUGAGUUUUCUAGUCAUGGUGAUGCAAUGCUUGCGUACAAGAGGCUUCAAAAGCCUGACGCGAUCUUUGGGCAUCCUGAGAGAAGUGCCAAGGUAGCCUUUGCUGAGCCUAUGCGUGAACCAGACCCAGAGAUAAUGGCACAGGUUAAAUCUGUGUUUAUUAAUGGUCUUCCUCCUCACUGGGAAGAAGAUCACAUCAGGGAGAUGCUUAAAUCUUAUGGUGAAAUUGUAAGAAUUGUACUAGCAAGGAAUAUAUCUACAGCCAAGAGGAAGGAUUAUGGAUUUGUUGAUUUCUCAACACAUGAAGCUGCUGUUGCAUGUGUUGAAGCUGUAAAUAAGUCUGAAUUGGGUGAUGGGGCAUCAAAGGUAUCAUUUAAUUUGUUUACUUGACCAUAUUUGUUGCAC